AGAGAGAGAGAGAGGCUCAAUCAUACUCAAAGUCACACAUAGCAUAGCAUAGCAAUGUUCAUCACCGUCUAGUGAUUGUACCCUUCUUUGUCCUCGCUCGUUCAGCCAAUAGAUUGUAAUCUCCUCCUCCUCCUGCGAUGCCACAACCACCACGGCUUUCAGAUUAGCUACCAAAGUUCAUUAUAAUCGUAUAAUAACACCAAAAUCAGCUACGCGAUAAACAAAUGUAAUCCCCCUCUAUAGUUUAAUCUACACCCCGCUUGGCACUCUUAUAAGCUCUUCAUACAUCGUCGUCAUAGCCGGAAUCCCUUCCUACCCCCAACCACCAUGCCGGAUGUCCAACCUCCCUACACACUGCCGCUGCCUCCUCAACUGCUGGUGCUGCCGCCCCCGCCCCCACCGUUGAAGUCCAAUUUGCCGAUGCUGUACUAUGGGCUAGUCGUGGUGGGGACGGCUGCCCUCGUGCUGGCCUUGUACAACCUCAUCAUCAUCAAGUGGUGCACCAGCCGCUACCAGUCCGGCCGGAGGGCCGAGCGGUUCGUCCAGUUCGCGGCGGCGAGCCGGAGCUUCGAAAACCCUAACCGGAACCUGUUGUCGAGCUUCAAGUACAAGACGGAUGCAGCGGCGGCGGCUCAGGAGCCCGGGAGCGAGUAUGAGUGCGCGGUCUGCUUAUCGGUCUUUGAGGAGGGCGAGGAAGUGAGGCAAUUGCCGCGGUGUAAGCAUUCGUUUCAUGUGUCGUGCAUUGAUAUGUGGUUGUACUCUCACUCUGAUUGCCCGCUCUGCCGCUCGCCAGCGCACCCGCUGCAGCCCCGGUUGCAGCCGCUGCUGCCGCCGGAGAGUGCGCCGGAGAAUUCCCGGGAGGGGCUGUUGGAGUCGGGCGUGUCAGUUUGAGGUCCUUGUAUUUUUGUAGGUUUUGUUUUUUCUUUCCAUUGUAGAAAAUGAAAUUUUUGUUCUUUUUCACUCGAUGAAUGAUAAAACGUUGUUGAUAUUCGGCUGUGGGUCCUUUUCUUGCCGUCGAUGGGAAUCUGAUGUGGGUUAAAACUUAGGACGAUGAUUACGAAGAAAAUUGAAAGAACAUUAUUUGUUACAA